AUGCGCAUGGAAAUUCUAAAACAACAAAUUUCCAAUGAAAUUUUGCAUAACCCUAAUAUAUACACAGUCAAGCCUCAAGAAGGCUCUGACACAUCUUCCAUAAUUAAGGAUUAUAUGGACCCCAAGGUAGCACCGUGCGAUGACUUUAACAAAUUUGUAUGUGGUAAUUUUUUGAGAAACACAACCAUUCCGAAAGGCCAGCGUCGGGUUGACAGAUACGAUAUAAUUAAUAACAAAAUUUUGGAGCAAGUGAAAGUUAGUCUUGAAGAGAAAACUCAACCCAAUGAACCAAGAUGGAUUACACUCGUAAAAAACUAUUACAAAUCUUGCACGAACACAGCUGUGAUUGAAAAAAAUGGUCUUCGUGGAGCAUUAGAUGAUUUAAAAAAAUUCGGCGGUUGGCCUGUCCUGGAAAACACGUGGAAUGAGAGAAAAUUUGAAUGGAAACAGUCUACCUAUACUAUGAUGAAAUUGGGAUAUGGAGCAAGUUACUUCUUUAAUUUUCAAAUUAUAACUGACCCUUUAAACAGCAAGAAACGUGUUAUUAAUAUCGACCAACCAGCAUUCUCCAUUAGUCGCGAAUUUUUAGUAAAGGGGCUGAGUCACAGGAUGGUCACUGUCUACCUUGAUUACAUGGUUGACAUAGCUGUUCUUUUUGGCGCAAACAGAGAAAAAGCUAAAACUGAAAUGAAGGAAUCUCUCAAAUUUGAAAUUAAUCUAGCCACGAUCUCCAAAGGUGAACAUGAUAAAAGCAAUCAAACUGCUGCUAAUAAUCGAAUGACAGUGACAGACCUAUCUGAAAAAUAUCGGAGUAUUCCCUGGAAAGUGUACUUCAACUCGCUUUACUCAGCUAUUAAAUCUAGCAUCGUAAUUGACGAUAAGGAAACAAUAAUAGUGGGCGAGCCUUCCUUUUUCAAAGAUUUUGAAAAAUUGAUAAAAAAUACACCCAGAAGGGCACUUGCGACUUACCUUAAAUUGAGUAUCGGUGCUCUGUAUGUCAGGAAACACUUCAGUCCAACAUCUAAGGAAAGUGCAGAAGAAUUAGCACUCGAUAUUGAAAAUCAGUACAAGAAAAUGAUACAAGAGGCUAAAUGGAUGGACGAAAAAACAAGGAUAAAUGCUCUAAACAGACUUGCAUCUAUGAAAAAUUUUAUUGGAUGUCCGAAUGAAUUUUUCGAUGACAAGAUUCUUAACGAAUUUUUCAAGAACGCGGAAGCAACCCCGAAUGAUUACUUUCAAGCAGCAUCAACCAUGUCCGUUUUCAGUUAUUACUAUGAUUUUAAUCAAUUAAGGCAGUCUGUAAACACAUCACACUGGACGCUUCAUGGCCAAACUGCAAUUGUAGGCCCCUUCUUUUCAGAAGAAGGAAAUGGCAUUGAAAUGCCUGCUGGAAAUCUACAGGAUGUUUUCUUCGUUAAGGGUGGACCUCAAUACAUGAAUUACGCUGGCAUCGGUUCGUUUAAUAUGGGGCAUGAAAUUACUGAGCUUUUUGAUACUCUGGAUGCUUAUAUGACGCCAGAAACGAAAAAGACAUAUCUUGCAAAUGCUGAUUGCAUCACUAAACAGUACGGAAAAUAUACUGCUGAAGAAGUUGGCCUUAGAUUGAAUGGUGCCUCUACACAAAGAACAAACAUUAAUGACAACGCAGGCGUAAAAGUGGCGUACCUAGCCUAUCAAGAGUGGGUGAAACGAAACGGACCCGAACCCAAACUGCCUGGAUUAACAAAUUAUUCACAAUCACAGCUUUUCUGGAUCCAUGCAGCUAUUCAACAAUGUGCCAAGUACACACCAGAAUUUCUGAAAAAGAUCGUCCAAACAAAUGAUCAUAGUCCAUCUGAAUUCAGAAUCAUAGAAAAAAUAGAAUACAAGUUAGAAGAGAAAAAGAACUUCGAUUCAGACGACAAAGUUAAAUUAAAUAAUUUGGAAACUGUAGAAGUUGAUUUAAACAAAAUGGCAUCGGGUAAUUCAUUCGCAGAUUUCCAGUCGGAGAUCGAUGAUUUGGAAGAGUAUUUGGAAAGAUUUGAAUUAUGUAUGCUGGCAGCGGAAGCGACAGGCAAAUUACCAAAAGACUGGACAUAUGCACAAUUAGUAACUUCAGUGACAGAACAGAUAAAAACAGCUACAAGCGCCUUAAAAAAAAAGGUCAACGGAAAGGACAUCAACCAACAACAGAGACGAACGAGCAAGGCAAUCAGAUUCGAGAAGUAG